UGUGAUCAGAUUUCAGCCAUGCUCCUCCUCACACACUCACACUCUGCCUUUUACUCUCAAAUCCUGCUCGGAAGACGCUUUCAGCGCGAUGAUCCCCGGGGAGCAGAGAGCCACGGCUCCUGUCUGCAACCUGUGGCUGCAUGACGCUGUCUGCCGGAGCGGCUAGCAGAUCAGGUGCUGUGAUUAUCCAGCCACUUUCCUGCUGGAAGAGACGCUGCUGUGCUUCAUCCUCAGAGGAUCAGCGGCCGGUCGCUUCACGGAGAGCCGGGGAUACCAUUCAGCUCCUGGGAUGGGUCUGGGAUAAGUCAGCUCUCCUCUGGAAAGGAAUGCUUCCGAUUAGGGACAGCAAACAUGAACUGGAGAGUGUGGUCGAAAUUCUGCUGUGGCCCAAGAUGGAUUGUUCUCCUUUCUCCUCUUCUCCUCCUCUUCCUCAUGAUCUUCGUGAUGGCGGUCACUUUGCCCCUGCCUGUGCCGCCUGCUGACGUUGACCGGCGACCGUCCAGAAUUUUGAGUGCCGCAGGGAAGUUGAAACCCAGGGUAGUGGAACCUGCAGCGCUCAGCGGCUUCCUGCAGCCUGCUCCUCACAUCCAUAGCAGGACCUGGAGACGCAGCUCUGGGAAGGAGAUGUCCACACACUCACCACUGCUAAAGGCUGUAGCAAACUCUGCAGGAGCUGUUAAAGUCAGGAGUCAUCCUGACUUUCACAACAAGAAGAAAAGAAGCCAAGACAUGGCCGAUGUUUUUACUCACUCUCAGCGUUCUGACUUUACAGGCAACAACAUGGAGCUCCAGAGCAGAACUAAGCCGAACAGCCACAUUGCUGUGGUGAAGCACACUCUACACACACACACACAUCUCAAAGGAAAUGUUUCCACAGCAAACCACAAGUCUUCUGCAGCAGACACCAUAAAAAGUGUCCGGAAAGCUGCUCACAGACACACACAGCAGGUCACAGUCAGACAGAUGACUGACAGCCAGACCAGGGAGAAGCAAAACCAAAGUCACACAGCUUUGGAAAGACAUGGAAAAGCUCCAAAGCACCCUGGGAAACGUGGCGGUGUGGGUAAGGAGGAAAUGCCCUCUAGUGAUCUGAGAGAGGAUCGUCAUUUGUCACUGGGUGGCAGAGAGGCUGCGUCGGAAGUCGAAGCCACCGCUCAGCAGGGUGUCAGGGACUGGUGUCAGGGCCUCACAGAGCCGGACUUUUCAGAUGCUGACCAAAGGAAGAUAAGAAUAGGUGGAGACCUGCAGCAUCUCCACUGGCUCAGCAGGGACGACAUAGAGAAGAUGGAGCUCCUGGCUGGAGGGCAAGUUGUCAGUAAGAGCAGGGUGCCGGCUCAUGGACAAGUUCUACAAGUGGCGCUAGGUCUGCCUGCACGUCACCAGAACAUCCCAGCGCUGAGGGAUUCACAGCAGCAUGGAGCCGGGCACAGCGGCCGCUGCCAGUGGGGGCUGUGCUCCCUGGUCAAACGCCCUGACGACUGGUUUGAGGUGUUCGCUUUCCACCUGGACAGAGUCCUCGGACUCAACAGAAGUCUGCCAGCAGUUCUCAGAACUUUCCGCGAUCACAUUCUACCCUACAGAUUCACUGACGGUGUGCCGAGACCGGCGGUUUGGUGGGACCCGGACAUUCAGCAUCUGGAGGAUAAAGACAGCGACCAGAACUCAGUGCCUCUCAGCUGGGUUCAGUACCAGAAGCUGCUGCGGGCCCGGUGUGGGAACCAAACAGGCCUGAGCUCAGAGCCAUGUGUUGGGGUUCUGCAUGCAGAGUGGGAAAGACUGGCUCUGUUUGACUUCUUAUUACAGGUAAACGACCGUCUGGACAGGAACUGCUGUGGGUUUACACCCGAUCCAGCAGAACUCUGCGUGGAGAACCGUCUGAACGUUAAGUGUGGCAACAGCAAGGAGCUGCAGCUGGUUCACAUCCUGGUGAGGAAGACGGAUCCUUCCAGACUCGUGUUCAUAGAUAAUGCUGGCAGACCAAAGCAAUCCAGCAGCAACCUCAACUUCAGGCUGCUUGAGGGCAUUGAUGAGUUUCCAGAGAAAGCUGUGUCCGUGCUCCGCUCUGGCUGUCUGGAACAUCUGCUGCUGCGCUCCCUCUACGUAGACAAGGAGUUCUGGGAAAGCCGUGGCGGGUACACGGCUCUCAGGCCUCUGGUCCGCCUGGUGGAGGAGAGGGGGCACUACAUCCUCCAGCACAUCAGAGACAAGAGGAUACAUCUCAGGAGGGACCCGUGACCCGGCUGAACCGAGCAAACUGGAACAGGAAGUUGAACUCAUGUCUAUGGAUAUAAAAGUAUUUCCUCAACGUGACCAACUGUGGAGAAAAACAGACCAAAUUCAGUUUGGCUUUAAGUCAGUUUACUUGAAUAGCACCGAUAUAAACACAAAAAAGUCGACCAAAUUCAAUUAUGUGUUUCAAUUCAUCCUAAUUAUCAAACAGUGCAGUCCAAUUCAGAUUUAUUAUUCAAAUUAGUUUAAAAAGUUUUCCAUCUAAAGAAAUCAAGCGGAUUGCUUCGAGUCACUCACUGUGUUUCCGUUUGUCAGAAAAACCACAAUUUAGCUAUUAUGGUGUUUCCAUUAAAUAAAAAACUCAGUUAAAAUCACACAUGAAUAAGUUGGUUCACGUGAUAAAUCAUUAACAAACAUGUAGCGUAACAAACGCAUCAUCGUCAAACCACUUCCUGUCGUCUCCUUCGUUGUUUGCGCCAGUGGCAAAAUCGGGUUGUUGAUCAUGUGACUUGUGUGAUGCAAAAAAAGUGCUUCGAUUCCAGUUUUGCCAGUUAAACCAAUUCUAAUCAAUCAAAUUUUAUUUGUAUAGCACAUUUCAGCAGCAAGGCAUUUCAAAGUGCUUUACAUAAUUAAAAUAAAAA